AUGUCAAAUGAAAAUAAGCAUGCGGAAAAAGUACCAGACAAUCUAUUGUGUUUAAUUUGCUAUGAUGAUAUAAAUGAAAAUAAUUAUAUUGAAUAUAAAACGGAUGAAUAUAGUGAAUGGUACCCAAGUAUGUUUUGUAUGAACUGUACAGGUAUUUUAAUAGAUACACAAUAUCAUAAAUAUGUUGAUAGUGUCCAAAAAUCAGAUUGUUUAAAAGAACAAACUAGCUUAUUAAAAAUGGGGCCACCAAUAAAUGUUAAGGAUAAAAAUGGUUUUCCAUUAUCAGAUGGCAAGGAAAUACAUAGUCUUUGGUAUUUUUGUGAUAAACAAGUUCAUUCUGCAAAAUUAGAUGGUAGUUUAUUAGGAGAAGAUAGAAUGAAAAUGUGGGAAGAACUUAAAAAAUUUUUAAUAAAAGAUGAUAAUGAAAAUAUGAAUAAUUAG